CGCACGCGGCGGCGCGGCUCCGGCAGCAGCAUGUCUGUCAGCAGGAAGGACUGGUCCGCGCUGUCCAGCCUGGCCCUGCAGCGGACUCUGGAGGAUGAGGAGGAGCAGCAGCGCGAGCGCAGGCGGCGGCACCGCAGCCUGAGUUCUACCACGGACGACGAGGCUCCCAGGCUCAGCCAGAACGGAGACCGGCUGGCCGCUGCGAGACUGCCGAGCGUGGAGGAAGCGGAGGUGCCUAAGCCCCCACCCCCAGCCUCUAACUAUGAGGACGAGGACGAGGACGUCCAGGCCAUCCUCAGGACGCGGCAGGAGCGGAGGCAGAGGCGGCAGGUGCUGGAGGCCGCGCAGGCCCCCAUCCAAGAGAGGCUGGAGGCAGAGGAGGGAAGGGACAGCACCGGCCCUGGGCAGGCCGCGCAGCAACCCCUGACACCCAAGAAGGAACUGGAGCCCCCACCUCGCCGCAGACUGAGCCGGGAGCAGCGGGGGCCCUGGACCCUGGAGGAGGAGAGCAUGCUGAGCAGGGAGCCAGGAGGCAAGAAGGAAGGGGCUCCAGAGAAGACCCCAGUCCUGGAGAAAUCCUCCGUGCCAGAGAAGACAGCCCCCGAAAAGAGACUAGUCUCAGAGAAAACCUCCAUCUCCGAGACGGUGCUGGCCCCAGGGAAAACAUCCCCCUCCGAGAAGACAGCGGUGUCAGAGAGAAGACACGGGUCGGAGAAGAAGUUGGUUCCAGAAAAAGCAAGUGUCUCAGAGAACACUCCGGCCCCUGAGAAACGAUCUGUGUCCGAGAAGACAGCAGUGACGGAGAAAAGGUCCAUCUCAGAGAAGAUGUCAGCUGUAGAAAAGACAAGUGUCUCAGAGAAGCUGUCGCCCCCAGGGAAGAUGUCAGGCUCAGAAAGGAGACUGGUGUCUGAGAAGGCAUCACUCUUCGAGAAGUCCCUGGCCUCAGAGAGAAGCCCAGCCUCAGACCCCAAGCUGGCCCCAAAGAGGGCAGCGGCCUCGGAGCAGCCCCAGGCCCAGGAGCGGCCGGCCUCGGGGGGAAGCCGGACCGCCACCACGGAGCAGAGGGAAAGGACCCUCCGCGGGAAGAACCCGCCUGCCUUGGCAGAGCAGGGGGCGUCGGACCCUCCCACUGUGGCUUCCCGCCUCCCGCCAAUCACACUCCAGGUGAAAAUCCCCAGCAAGGAAGAAGAUGCAGACACGUCCUCACCCACCCAGCGCACCUACAGCAGCUCCCUCAGACGCUCCAGCUCCAGGACCAUCUCCUUCCGGAUGAGCCCCAAGAAAGACAGCUCCGAAACGCCCUUGACCCGCAGUGCCAGCGUGAGGCUGCCGGCCAGCGCGGCGAGGCUGGGGGAGAAGCUGGAGAGAUACCACACGGCCGUCCAGAGGUCGGAAUCCGUCAAGUGUCCGGGCUCCUCUCGCACGGAGUUCUUCGUGGCACCUGUGGGCGUGGCCAGCAAGCGCCACCUCUUUGAGAAGGAACUGGCAGGCCAGGGCCGAGCGGAAGCAGCCUCCAGCCGCAAGGAGAACUUGAAGCUCUCAGGGGUUGUGACAUCCAGGCUCAACCUGUGGAUCAGCAGGACCCAGGAGUCUGGAGAUCAGGACCCCCAGGAGGCCCGGAGAGAGUCCGCAGCCACCAGCAGGACUCGGUGGGGGAGGAAACCAGACUCCUCCCUGGAUGCCGAGGUGUGACAAGCCCUGCCGAGACAGACCUGCAAACCUGCAUCUCGGGGCCUUCCCGGGCCCUGCCUCCUGCAGCACCGCCCUUCCUCUUAUUGCCCCUGCUCCCUUCCUGCCCCUGGACCUGCCUGGCUGGGGCCUCUGGGGGCAGGAACACCUGUGAGACUCAGCCAGCUCCUUCCAGGCCCUGCCUCUAGGGACAGCGGUACCCUGGCACCCUGUCCUGCUGCAGAUGCUGGAACCCAAGCACCAGCUGGGGGCCCGGCACUGGUGCGUGUCAGCAUGGUGGGGCCUCAGUGUCCUGUCCAGAGAUGUCUCUCUUCCCUGCUCACUUCCAGGUCAGGGCAGGGCAGCUCAAGAACUCCAGGGUCACCUGUCUCAUCCGCUGCCAGCAGGUGCAUCCAUGUGCCCGCGAUGUCUCCCUCUCUGAGCCCUGGCCCACCCCCCUUGGUCCCUGGGGCCUGCUCCCGACCCCUGAAGGUCUCUCAGGCCAGACUGUGAAGGUGCUGCCCUGCGCCUUCCAUGCGCCUCUCCCUGCCUCGUCCCCCGUCCCCGCCCUGGCCUGCUGCCCUGGCCAGGAGCUAAGUGCCUAUUUUGUGCAACCACUUACCCUUUCUUUGAAAAACCUGUUCUCAGGAAGGAUCUGAUAAACUCAUUCACUCUCA